AUGAGCACGAUAUUCGACCGUGAUACUUCUGGAUUAGAGGUACGACCACCUGAUGUUGGCGGGCUAGAGGUGCGCACACCUGAUAUUGGAGGGCUAGAAGUCUCGACCAAAGCGCAACUCGCACAAGGGUUGGAAGUAUUCCGCGGCUACGACGGCUUAGAGGUGAUAAACAACGGCGCAGAUGGCAAUAGCGGAAUCAAGACUGAGGGUCUUAUUGAGGAAACUGAGCGGAAACCACGAAAAAAGAAGCUGUGGUUCAUCCUAGCGGGAGUUGCUCUGCUGCUUGUGAUCGUGGGAGCCGUGUUGGGUGGCGUUUUUGGAUCUCGACGCAAUCACAAGACUCCCGUGGAAACGCCAGGAGCUUCCGCUACACCAGAAGCUUCCGCCACUCCUCCGGCUUCUUCAGGACCUCUGAAUGCAAUUUAUGCUGGCUCGGGCAUUGGAGUCACGGGAUGGUGGACGGGCUCGUCAAGCUUCACCAUCCGUCUCAUCUACCAGGGACAGGACGGCAAUUUGCGCCUCAUGCGGUAUCACUCAGGCGAUGGCAAGUGGUCGACACUGGCUACCCUGACAGAUACAAAGGCCAAGCUAGGCACCCCGAUUACGGCAUCAUGCUUCAAUAUUCCUUUCUUUUUCUUCACUCCCGUGACGAGCAGUAAUAACUUUACACAGGUCGAAAUAUUCUAUCUCAACGAUGCAAAUGAGAUCCAGGAAUUUUACUUCAGAGAACAGGAUUCACCAUCACCUUCGGCGCAAACAUUUAAUGGAAGUGGAAUCAUGUCUUCCAAGGGUUGGAAGGCAGCGGGAGAUUCGAAAAUCGCAACAUACUGGCCGAGUGUCAUUUUUCAGGAUGGCAGUGGUCAAAUGCAAGAAGCUUAUUAUGCCAACCUCACCUGGGCACAAACUGCAGUGGGCCUCAAAUGUCAGAAUAACUCGGCAUUUGCAGAAGUGCCCUAUUCCGUAAUCGCAGGGAGAUUCGGAGGUGAGAGGCUUAUCUAUCAGCGGGAUGAUCAGAAACUCCUUGUUGAGGAAAGAAAUAACUCAACCAAUAAAUUGAGUAUUGGCGCACCGUCAAUCACAAUUCCAGCCAACGCAGCCAUGGGAGCGUUUACCGUUCCUCGAGAUGCCAACUCGGCUGAUGGUGCCAUGAAUACCUAUAUUCUUUGGCAAGAUAGUACAGGCGCCCUUCAGAUGACCUGGGAGGAUGAUGAUACUGGGUGGCGAACCUCAUCGACGCCCACUUCCCUUGGCAGUCCUGAUAAAGGCACAGGCAUAUCUUGCCUCACGCCGACGCUUUGGGCUGUGGCCUCUUUGCUCUCAGACUACGGUAUGGCUCGUUGCUAUUACUUGGUAGAUGGCCAAAUAAGAGAAGUGCAAUACGAUGGCUCAAAUUGGUCCGUGAUUGGAAAUGUGCAGUUAGAUUAG